UAACAGCUUCCCUUCUCCUCCUGCCUUCUGUCUGUGAGCUCACAUUUCUGCCUGUCCAGCCUGUGACUCUCUCUUACUCACAGUCUUGCUCACUGAGUCUACACUCUCCAGCAAAAAUGCAAACCUCCAGGCAAACUACAUACUCUACUGUGCGCUCCUCCACCUCUAGCAUCAGGCCUUCUGCUAUAUCAGUGACCCGCACCUCCGCUCCUGUAUACAAGACCCCAAGUGUCCAUGGUGGAGCCGGGGGGACCCGUAUCAGCAUCUCCUCCAGUGCACGCAGUGGGCUGGGAGCUGGAAUGGGAGUGGGCUUCGGAGCAGGGAGCUUCGGAGCAGGGAGCUUCGGAGCAGGGAGCUUCGGAGCAGGCGGCUUCUCCAGCAACGUCCAGGUGAGUGGGAACAGUGCCGACAUCAUGGGCAAUGAGAAGUUUGCCAUGCAGAACCUGAACGACCGGCUGGCCAACUACCUGGAGACGGUGAGGAGCCUGGAGCAGGCCAACCACAAGCUGGAGAUUAAGAUCAAGGAGGCCUUGGAGAAGAGUGGACCUGACUUCAGAGACUACAGCAAGUAUGAGGCCAUCCUGGAUGACCUGAGGAAGAAGGUGUCUGAUGCCACCAUCGACAAUGCCCGUCUGGUUCUCAACAUCGACAAUGCCCGCCUGGCAGCUGAUGACUUCAGAGUGAAAUAUGAGUCUGAGCUGGCCAUCCGCCAGUCUGUGGAGGCUGAUAUCGUCGGUCUGAGGAAGCUCAUUGACGACACCAACAUAAGCCGCAUGAACCUGGAGAGCGAGAUCGAAGCCCUGAAGGAGGAGCUCAUCCACCUCAAAAAGAACCAUGAAAAUGAAGUAAUGGAGCUUCGUAACCAGAUUGCCCAGUCAGGAGUCCACGUGGAUGUGGAUGCUCCUAAGGGACAGGAUCUGGCUCAGCUCAUGGCAGAAAUCAGGGACAAGUAUGAGAAGAUGGUGAAGAAGAAUCAGGAAGAUCAGAAAGUAUGGCACGAAUCUCAGAUAACAGAAGUGCAGACCCAGGUCACCCAGAGCACAGAGGCCCUAAAGGGUGCCCAGACAGAGUUAAAUGACCUGCGCAGACAGAUACAAACAAUGGAGAUCGAGCUGGAGUCACAGAGGAGCCUGAAAGCUUCUCUGGAGGGCACGCUGAGGGACACAGAGAUGCAUUACAACAUGGAAAUCGAGUCUCUCAACACCAUCAUCCUGAGUCUGGAGGCUGAGCUCACGCAGCUACGUAACAACAUCAAGCAGCAGAUGCAGGACUAUGAGGCCCUGCUCAACACGAAGAUGAAGCUGGAGGCUGAGAUCGCAAUAUACAGGAAGCUGCUGGACGGUGGAGACUUCAAGCUCCAGGAUGCUCUGGAAGAGCAGAAAACAGUGAAGACCAAAGUGAUGACUGUUACACAGACCCUGGUGGAUGGCAAGGUGGUUUCCUCCAGCACAGAAACCAAGCACCUCUGAAGAUCAGAAGCACCCAGCCAACACUCUCAACAGUCACUGUUACUGCAUAACAGCACUAAAAUAUAACCGUCCAUAACUGAUUCUGGGUCCCCAUUACUUCUCAGUCAUAGCUGCUGUGAUUAGUUUGACUUCCUGGCUAUGCAGCUCUUCCACAGGCUGAAAACUGGAACAGAGGAAAACUAACUCAUCUUUUAUUUAUUUCAUCAUGAUGUUAUUUAUGUGUUUAUGUUUUGACCAGCAGAUCAUUACAGAAGUUCAGAAUUGGAGCACUGUGAGCUUUUUCAGAGGCAAACUAACUGAAACCAUGAAAUAUUUUAAAGUAAUCAAAAAGUCUAACUAAAUACAAAACAUUUUUAAAUAUUUCAUCAUCCUUAGUUUUCUUUCUGUCCAGUUAAAUCUACCUGUUGCAUUGUGAUCUUCAGACAUUUAAUAAAGUCCUUUUGAGAAA